GGUGCCAGACUCCACCCCUCACCUUCAGGAAGGAAGGACAGGUAGGGGAGAGUGUGCAUGGGCUGCCCGGCAUGGUGCUCACCUAGGAGAGCUGGGGACAAACAGGUUCAUUCAUCAUGAUGCUCCUCCUGUACACCGCGCUGCUCUUCCCCAUCGCCUCCGCUCACCCCUGCACCCUGACCAGCCAGGUGAAUGUGGAUUGCCGUCAUAAAGGCCUCGCUGACAUCCCUCUUACACUUCCUGGAAAUCUCCGGCACCUGGACCUGUCUGAUAACUCCAUCCAUCUUUCCCAACCCCUGCCUGAAAGACUCUCAGAGCUCCUAUACCUCAAUCUCUCCAACAAUCCAUUGCACGUCCUUCCUGCAGGGGCCUUCAAGAACUUACCCCAUCUCCAGACCUUGGAUGUAAGCUACUGUGGAAUCUCCGAACUCCAUCCUGACGCCUUGCAGGGUCUAACGAAACUCCAGACGUUGAUUCUGAGCCAUAAUGGUCUAAGGACUGUUGAUGUACAGAACCUCAGGGAGCUUGUGACACUGGACCUGAAAGACACUCUGGUCAAAUCUUUGGGUUCUGGCCAAGCCUUUGGAAGAGACUUCCUGUUACAGUUAGACAGUCAAGGAUUCUGUGACUGCUCCUCAGGAAUACAUCUAAGAGGAACCCCGGAACAUGUAUCCGGCUUGUUCUGCUCCUGCAAGUCCCUGGAAGAAGAGAGGGGUCACCCUGUACAAGGGAGCAGCCGUGCCUUCCAGGUCAUCAAUCGCUUCGCCCGAGAUGUCACUGAAAUGCCAGACAACGCUACAUCUCUAAACAACACUUCUCCCUCACCCCCGGCCGUGUCUCAGGGCAAAAGCUGGCCGUACCUGGUGGGAUUCGUGCUCAUCGCCGCCGCUCUGUCUCUUCUAAUAGCCGCUGCCGCCAGGUGCAAGCUGUUCCAUCGGUAUUUCCGCAGCUACCGCCAUCAUCCCUUGCCGGAGAACGAGUGGACAGCCGACUCGCAAAGCGAGCUACCCGGGGUACCCAUCCCCCACCAAGAUGACGAAGAUGGCUUCAUAGAAGACAAUUAUAUCCAGCCGGAGGACCAUCGGAAAGAAGAGGAUGAAGAGUCUCAUGACGACUUCUACACCAUCUGAUGGCC